CUCGCCGGGCCUCACUACGCCUCGCGGUUCCAUCCGGGCUCGCUCGCUUGCCCGACUGACACUCACGCAAAGGGGGCCUAUCGAAUAUCGUCCUCCUCUCUCGCGGUUGUGCGCGCGUGUUUUUGUUGUUGUUGCUUGUGUCGUCGGAGGACCGGUGGACCGAGGGGAUGACGAGGACGAGUCGUGCCCGAAGGGUCUGCAGCUCGGAGUAGUAGAUCGAGAAACGAUUCCAUUCUGACUUCAGGGCAUACAGUGUGGGAGAAAAGAAGAAGCAACAUGUAACCUUCUUCUCGGAAGAAACUGCCGGCCGUUAAGAUAUUGUAUAAUUGUGAUAGUUGGAGGACGUUCCAGAGUGCCAAACGCAAAAGAGGAAUAGCACAGGGAGAAAGAGAGUUUCGCGCGAAAUGUCGGUAGAGACAUGACGAGUGAUCGGAAUAGUGCUGGUGAUUCGACGACGACGGCGUCAACAAGGCUGUGAUAAAGGCUGUCAGGGAAGACGAGGUGGUGACGGUGACGUCGCGGUGGAGCCCGGCGUCCCCCGGCUUCUUUCCUGGCGUCCGUCAGAAAUUCCGUCGCCAACCUCGCAGCCGUCGGCGGCGCAGUCGUCGGCGCCGCUAACAGCUGCUCCUCCACGUCGGUCAGCUCCGGCGAUAGCCAACUCGGCGGUAGCCAGUACCCGCAAGCAGCCACCCUGAUGGGAGUUUAUGAGGAACGCGCCCCUCCUACCACCGGCAUGCACUGGCAGCCGGCGAACACACAGGAGCGUGGCAGCGGUCUAUCGCUAGGUUGCCAGGGCUCCGGGGCCGCGGGCGCCAACGCAGCCGGUGGGACGGUCAGCAGCGGUUCGGUGGUCCCGGGUAGCGCCGACCAGACGCGCGACCUCAGUCCCUGUCUGCCCGCGUCAAUGGGCGACGCGGCCCGACCCACCACACUGCCCAACAGUCCCACCUCCCAGCAGCAGCAGUGUCAGCAGCAACAGCAGCAGCAACAACAACAACAGCAGUGCCAACAGCAGCAGCAACAUCAUUCGUGCAGUCAGUCCGGUCACACGAAUCUCCACCAGACGCAUUGUGGCACCAACAACAACUGCUACGACACUGCCGGCGCUACCCCCUACGAUUCCAGGGACUACGGAUCUCCGGGAGACGCAACCGAGUACCGCAACAACAACUACGAGCACCCGAACGAUCUCAGCAUGCCGCCGCAACAUCAUCACCAUCACCACCACCAUCACCAUCAUCACCAGCAGACGAUCUUGCACCAGUCCCAGGUGUCGCAAGCCCAGCAGGCGACAGCGGAUUCUCAGCAUCAACAGCAGGACUGUCAAGGCUCGAUGCACCCCGUGCCCAAGCUCGAGCCGCCUUCUACGCCACCUUCUCACCAGGAUCACGAACACGGACCUGCGGUCGUCUGCGCCGGUUGUGGUCUCAGGAUAUCGGACAGGUUCUAUCUCCAGGCGGUCGACAGGCGGUGGCACGCCUCUUGUCUUCAGUGCUCCCACUGUCGGCAGGGCCUGGACGGCGAAGUCACGUGCUUCAGCAGGGAGGGAAAUAUUUACUGCAAGAAGGACUACUACAGGAUGUUCGGUAGCAUGAAGCGCUGCGCGCGCUGCCAGGCGGCGAUCCUGGCCUCGGAGCUGGUGAUGCGAGCCCGGGAGCUCGUGUUCCACGUGCGCUGCUUCUCCUGCGCAGCCUGUUCGGUCCCCCUGACCAAGGGUGACCACUUCGGUAUGCGCGAGGGCGCGGUGCUUUGUCGGCUGCACUACGAGAUGGGCGCCGAGCUGCAUCCCUCCCAGAGUCCGCCGGUGCCCGUCUACCCACCGGGUCCUCACUACCCCGGCCAGAGCUUUCCCUCGCCCGAGUUCCUGCACCACCAUCCCCAUCACCAUCCGCACCAUCCACACGUGCCCCAGCCGCAGCAGCAGAGUCCCGUGUCUCUGCAGCCGGCGACGCCGCAGGAUCCUGGAGCGGGUGGUGGCCCAGGGGGUGGAGGGGGUUGUGGUUCACCCUCGAAGAUGACGUACUUCAACGGGGCGUCUCCAGUGGUCGCAGCGACGGCGGUCACGGUGGCGGCUGCGGUGGCCAGCGUACCCGCGCCCAGGCAGAAGGGCAGGCCCAGAAAGAGGAAACCCAAAGAUCUCGAGGCUAUGACCGCCAGCCUUGGUGAGUCGUAUUUGAACGCGGACUACAUCGACAUGCCGUUCGGCCGCGGCGGCCCAGGAACGCCCGGUAUGCCCGGCUCCAACAGCCGCACCAAGCGCAUGCGUACGAGCUUUAAGCACCACCAGCUGCGCACCAUGAAGAGCUAUUUCGCGAUCAACCACAACCCCGACGCCAAGGACCUCAAGCAGCUGUCUCAGAAGACCGGAUUGCCGAAGAGGGUACUGCAGGUAUGGUUCCAGAACGCGCGAGCCAAGUGGCGACGCAUGGUGCUGAAGCAGGAAGGCAAGUCGGACAAGUGCGGCGGCGUCGGGGGUCCAGGUCUGGGUCCCGGCGGCCACGAUUCCGGCAGCCUCAGCGAGCUCGAGUUGUACGGCAGCAGUGCCGGCAGUCAAGGCGGCCCCAUGAGUCCCGGCUUCGUUCUUGGCGGACCUCACAGUCCAGCCUCGCUGGGCUCGCUCGACUGCGCGUGAUCGGAGCUCUUCUGGAAGAGAAUGAGGACGAUGCCGACGGGACCCGUGUGAGUCUGCGAGGCGACGGCAAGUGCGAGACGACGUCGUCGAGUUGUCGGAAAUUCGGAAAUUCGUUUUUUAGCAUUUUCAGCGGGAUUGUGAUCGGACACACUUUGUAUACGUUCUCUGUUGGAGAAAAAUCGGAGAAUUCUUCUCCAGAGAGACACUGCCACUGGCACCUACUGUAGUAAAUUAAAUUUUGAGCGCGACGAGUUGUGAUAGCUGUAUGGAACAUGAAGAAUAGAAAGUAAUAAUAUAAAAUUGGUAUACGCUCAUAGGGGUUCAUUGCGACAGCGAGAACUUGGGUUACAGAAAGACCAAAAUCUUUAGUUCUAGAAACUGAUUGCACAAUGGUCGUCGGUGUGGUUGUGGUUUAUAAAAGAGUUGACGUUUCAGCUGAUGGAACUGAACAUUUUGGUCGCAGCAUUUUGUUGGCAUUGUCUAGAGUUUUCUCUCGGACUACUUCGAAGCGUUAAUCCGGGGUCGCGUGUAACGCGGUUUCGUCGUGACGAUCCCGGUGAUGUUUGCAUCCCUCGAAAAAAUGCUUGAAUCCAUCGAUAUUAAACGUACUAUACUGGAGUAAGAAUAUGUUAAUGUACUAUAUAUAAGCGUUUUCGAAACAUUCAGAUAUUUUUUUUUUAAUCGAAACCAUCGAUUCAAUUUCCUACUCGACCGAACCAGUGAAAAUCGAUUCUCAGUCCCGCAAGCAUCGUCGGGAAUCGCAAGAGCGGUCGCGAUAACACAACUGCCGGAUCGUCGCGCCGUGUAAAAAGGUUAACCUCCGAGGCAUUGUACUAUAUAUAUUAUAUAUAUAUAAAUUUUAACCGACAGAUGCGAGUGGUGUCGACGUCAGGUCGAGUGUAUUUAUUACUCCGAGGCACGGACUAGGUGUUUAAAAAAAAAAGUAUAUAAGGAUUAAGCGUGUACAAAGAAAAAUGACUUUAUAUAUAUAUAUAUAUAUAUAUAUAUAUAUAUAUAUAUAUAUAUAUAUAUAUAUAUAUAUAUAUAUAUAUAUAGCGCCGAGAUUGUGUGUAAUGGUCGCGUACAAGGCUUCUGAGCUUCCGCAAACCGAGGCGGUUCUCAAAGAGACGACGUUCUGCGGUGGUUGAGAAGCUGCCCUACAUGAGAUCUGUAAUUAUAGAAUUAUUUUCAAGUGAAAUUAUAUUUAUGACGAAGUAAUGAUCGGCUUAUGCGCGCGCGUCACCGAACCGAUCGUUCGAAUAACUGCAGGUACGAGUGUAUCAAAAGUAUAUGGGAUAUCUCAUUGUGACCCUAUGGCGCAGUAUCGUUCGGUGACACGCGCGCGAUGCCGUGGCGUAAAUUGUACAUAUAGACAAGUGUAACGAACAAGAUAAUUAAUAAUAAACAAACAACAAAGCGUAAACAUAUGGUGAAUUGACGGAGGCGAUGAAGUAACUACGUUCCUCUCGACUCGACUAGCGCACUCUUUGAUAGCGAGACCGAAUAAUAAGGAAUCUUAUAGCGCUAUCCCGUUCUAGUGAAGGUAAACCGGCAAUUAAGAUGUACAAUUUUACUUUCCUCUUAUCUCUCUCUUACUGUGUUUCACGUCAUACAUUCUUCAGCUGUCAUCGUGUAUAUCGAUUCUACACACUGGCUUCUGCGAGAUGUCUCGCAGGCCGCAACUAUGUUCCGUCUCUUCCCCGUCUCUACUUUUUAUUUUUCAUCGAAUAUAUUUUCACAACCGUAUAAA